ACGAAGGUUAAUGUACCACCACAUGGAGAUCUUCAACAAGGUUGAUGUCAUAGUGACUCCAACAACUGGCAUGACAGCACCUGUAAUACCUCCAAAAGCUCUUGAAUCUGGGGAGUCAAAUUUGCAAGUUUCAGGUAAUCUCAUGCGAUUUGUUUUAGCAGCAAAUCUUCUUGGACUCCCAGCCAUUUCUGUCCCUGUUGGAUAUGAUAAACAAGGACUGCCAAUAGGAUUACAACUAAUAGGCCGUCCAUGGGCUGAAGCUUCAAUUUUGCGUUUAGCUGCUGCAGUGGAGGAACUCUGUCCUGAAUCUAAGAAGAGGCCUCAGUCAUUUUAUGACAUUUUAAAGGGGAACUAGAGAAACGAGGGAGGGGUUCACUUCAUGCCUGCCACGCACAGGGUUUACUUGCUUUGGAAUCUCUAGCCUGCUCAUGCCAACGACCGUCCCUUUCAUACCAUGUUUGAACAUCACAUUUUGUUGUAGUAUGAAUAUAUAUAUAUAUAUAUAUAUUCUUGACCUUUUACCAAACUUCCAUUCAAUUAUACAAACCGUGUUCAACGAAGAUUAUGACGAGUAAAUUACAUGUUGCUAUUAGCUGCAAGUACUAAAUAAAUUGGUGGCAACAGCGGUCCCCUUCAGUG